GCGGAUUGGGAAGGAUCUCAGCAACACUUUUGCCAAGCUGGAAAAGCUAACAAUUUUGGCCAAACGGAAAUCGCUCUUCGACGACAAAGCAGUGGAGAUAGAGGAGCUGACUUACAUCAUCAAGCAGGACAUCAACAGUCUUUACAAACAAAUCGCACAGCUCCAGGAGUUCGUCAAAGCCAAAGGCAGCCUCACCGGGAGACAUGUCCAAACGCACUCCAACACAGUGGUCGUCUCUUUGCAGUCGAAACUGGCUUCCAUGUCCAAUGAUUUCAAGUCGGUUUUGGAGGUGCGGACGGAGAAUCUUAAGCAGCAGAAGAGUCGGCGAGAGCAAUUUUCCCGUCCCCCGGUGGCCAAUAUGCCUCUCCAGGCAAACAACCUAGGGCGUUCCAGCGUGCUUCAGGACGAACGCCGGUACUCGGGAGACGUGGCCAUUGACAUGGACAAUCGGACGAGUCAGCAGCAGUUGCAACUUAUCAAUGAACAGGAUUCGUACAUCCAGAGCCGGGCGGAUACGAUGCAGAACAUCGAAUCAACCAUCGUAGAGCUGGGCUCCAUAUUUCAACAACUGGCACACAUGGUUAAAGAACAGGAAGAGACGAUCCAGAGAAUUGACGCCAACGUAGAAGACACCCAGCUGAACGUGGAGGGCGCCCACAUGGAGAUCCUGAAGUAUUUCCAGUCCGUCUCCUCCAACCGGUGGCUGAUGGUCAAGAUCUUCCUCAUUCUGAUCGUCUUCUUCAUCAUCUUCGUGGUCUUCUUCGCCUGACGGAGGAGGGGGCUCGACCUCCCGCCCCCCCUUUUCCUCGUCGUACUCCCUGAGCCGCGACAGACACUGGACACUGCCACGUUUUGCCGGAGAGAGGCGCAGGGCUGCCCCGAAACCCGCGGCCGGCGACCCGCCCUGCUCCCCUUCGCUCGCGGUUCCUCCGGCCCGGAAACGAGCGGAUGGGAGCGCGAGAGCAUUUGGGAACGAGGCUGCGGACGGAACCCCCGUCGAACGGGACUCGGCCCGCGGAGCGCAUGUUAGUGCCGUGUUUCUCAACCUGGCCAGGUUUUGAGACGGGUGUGUAUGUGUGGAUGUCAACUGCUUGGAUUCCCCAGCCGGCAGGCUUUAAGAGCGGGGAGGGGACUUCCCAUUCCUGAUUGGGGGAAUUCUGGGAGUUGAAGUCCACCCGUCUUCAAGCUGCCAGGCUGAGCAACUGUGGGGUAGUGGGACCAGUAUCUUCCUCCUCCUCCCUUUUGUCUGUGUGUGUGUGUGUGUUUUCCCCAUCCUCAGAUCUGCUCAUUGCAACCUUCUUUUUUUUAAAAAAAUUUUUAAAACUAA